AUGAAUGCUGAUGGCAAUCAAGUACCAUUUGAAAGCGCCAUCCACAUUUUAAAACGGAAGCUGUUUCCUGCCAAUUAUGACCCUUAUCCUUGGGAUGCAAAAAGUAUAUGCUGUAGUUUGUAAUAUCUUUCUUGUUUUAUGAGCACUAUUACCCUCAAAUGGUACGGCAUGAAGUCCAACUACUAAUUUAAAAUUGCAUAUUAAAUAACAAAAUUUAAAAAUGAAAUUAUUAUUACAUUAAAUCUCUGCCUGUGCACGGGCUGUUAUAGAGGAUCAGUAGGGCCAGUUUAUAGGCUACCCAUGGCCUAAGGUGCCAUGUACUGUCAAUGUACCUUUCAGUUCUAUUUAUCAUUUAUUUUCAAUUGUUUCUUUUCCUUUAAACAGUGGCUGAAGAGGAUACCAAAGGUUGUCUUAAGUCUUUGAUGGCAACAUACUUGUUCCGCUACAAAAUAAAACGAAUGAAAGAAGAAUUAAAUGUGGACUUCAGCAAACACCUUUACCAGCCUGAAUUGUGUGAUGUCACUGGGGAAUACAUACAUGAGAGAGAAGACCACAACCAUGUUCUUAAACGUAUCACUGAAUGUCUUCGUGCAGGUGAAAUCCCAGGGGUUGACACCCGCUACUUCAGAGAUGCCCUGCAUGAUGCUCAUUCAGGUUAAUAACAAUUAUUUGUGUUGUGUGCGUAGUCUAUUAAAGGCCCUUGUUCAUCCAAAAUGCAAUGUGCGCCCAAGCUUAUUUUUUGCACUGAUGGAAAAUCUAAAAAUUAACGUUCCAGGCAAUCAUAAUGCUACAUUGAACAAUUGAACCUGUUUUAAAACAAAAACACAAACACACACAGCAGAUUGGGUGAACAUGUACCUUUAAUCAUGAUGUUUUGAUAAUAAUGAUUCAUUUGACCCCCUCUGGGUUUAAAUGAAUUCUUGUAUUCAUACCUGUGUACUACAGGUAUAUUGAUGACAUAGAAAAUGGCAUUCUGACAUUUCUUGCUUUGAUUAUUUUUUGAUAGUUCGUGAAAGGGUUAAUAGCCUUUUUUUUUUGUCUUUUCACAUUAUCCUUAUAUGAACUGAUGUAAUUCAUUCUAAUAAUUACUAUCCCUUUAACUCCCAAGGGUGCCAAAGAAAAAAAAUUCAAGAAAAAUACCAGAUUUCAUUUUGUAAAAUAUUGAAAAACUAAUGUUUCCGUAAAAAAUGUACUGCUGAAGAGGUUUCAUUUGAAUGGUCACACCAUACGAUUUUGUCCACAGACUCAAAAGUUAGAACUAGUGCUUUACAUGUCUCCAUAAUUAUUGACUGUGGAAGUGAAAGGGUUAAUAUUAUUAAUGUUCUUGUCAUGACCAUGACAACAAAAUUGCUUUGACCUACCACAUGUACAUUUUUUUCUUUCACUGAAAAUUUCUCCAAAAUACAAAAGGAAUUUGCUUACAUACAAAAUAUGUAAUUGAGCAGUAUUUAAAAAAGGAAUAUCAAAAAGUUUUUGGAAGCCUCAGCAACGGCAUUUUUUUUAAAUACAGGUUUAACUUAUGAGGCUUUAACUGGAAAACAGAAACAGUCAGUACCACAUUGUGAACAGGUGUUUUCAAAGGGUGUACUGGAGUUCAUGCAAAGGAAUGGCCAUACUUCAGAGGCACACUUUGUUGAAACUGUUCGAAACUGGCAUAAGGCGGCAGAUGGACGGGGACUAUCAGAGGAAACACGGUCAAAGUAUAACAAUGACAUGAUCAAUUUUCUGUUGACUGAUUGGAUGCCCUGGCAUGAGUACGAAAGGGACUUUUCAACUAUUGAUGUCAUGCGCCCUAUAAAGGGUAUUAAAGGUUUCACUAGAGAAAUUGUGGUUGCUUUGAUUGCGAACUGUGAAAGCCUUGAACUCCGUCGAGCAGAGUAUCAAGAGAGAGGUUUGCCCCCGGAGCACCCACGUGCAAGCAGCACAGAUGACGUUGAAGGCUUCAUUGCACAUCUCCAUGAUCAACUUGGAGAUGUGUUUGACCACAAGGAAUUUUUAGAACAGCAACCCAAAAUUCUAAAUGAGUUUACCAAGAAGAUAGACCCAGAGCUUCAAUUUUACUACUGGACAGGACACCGACAUCGAUUCACAACUGCCCCACUGCCUUCCUUCAAUGAUGCAUCAGGUCAAACAGAAAGAUUGGACAGGGUUAGGUUGUCAAGACGUUCUGAUCCAGGGGUUUUUGUGGCAAAUAGGGCAUCCUUGCCACAAAGAAAUUCUCUGACAGUCAGGGCUUCAUUUCACAGAGCACCAGAACAAUUACCUCCACCACCAACAGUGUAG